UUGGGAACCUGGUUUUUUAAUGUUGGAGAAAGUGAAGCCGAGUCGGUUGGAGUGCCUUUUCUCGGGAAGCUUCACCUUGUUUACGAGCCUUGGAGGUACAUUGACGAACAUGGUGAAUGCAGGAGUUAUUUGGGCGGACUCAUGGUGAUCCGAUUCCUUGGGGCGUAGCGAUUUCUCCCUGCAUGGUGGACAUGUUUGUAGGUGUUUGGAAACCACCUGGAGGGCUGCGUUAUAUUGAAGUCUCACGGGGCGGUUAUCCGAUCCAUUGGGACGUAGCGAUUUCUACCUGCGUUGUUGACGUGCCUAUAGGCGCGUUGGAUAUCGCCGGGAGAGUGUCGGGGCUCUGCAGGUUCGUUCACGGUGCUGUCGGCGCGGACAUUUCGCAAAUUCCGAAGUGCCAGCGGAGAUGGCUGGACGCAUCUACACCGAUUACGCACGUGAUUAUCGACGGGGCCGAGGAGACGAUCGAAGCGGCGACUUUCGAAGGCAUGAUGGAGCAGCGGAUCCAUCCGAGGAAGGACGAAGGGACCGGACUUCGAGGAACUCGCAGCAUCGAGGAGGGCUUCGAUGCCGUUGAAGCGGAAAAGGAAGAGAAGCUAAAGCGGAAGCAGGAGAAACAAGCUCGACAAAAACGAGAGGAGGAAGAAAGGUUGGCAGCCGAGGAAGCGCGUCAAGCGGCUAUUCGAAAGGUGAAAUGGAGGGAGGAAAAGAAGAAGGAGGAGGAACAUAAAGAAGAAUUGAGAAAAGAGAUGUUGAAUGAGAUCUCCUUGCACAUGGGACAGCUGGGGGAGUCCCUGCAGGAGAGGUACGAAUGCGAGCGCAAAGAGAUGAUUCGUGCCAAAGGAAAGGCCAGAAUGGCCUUGUCCUCAUCAUCGGGCGACGAUGAUGCUGAAAGCUAUAGCAGCGACGUUGAAGCGCUGAGCCGACAGGCAGAGCACCUUGUUAUCAACGAGAAGCGCAAGCGCGGUGACAACGAAGCCGUGGGUGACAGCCCACCCAUGAUAACUCCGACAAAGCGAACGGCGCAGAGGAAGCUACAGCUGGGUUGUCGACAUCAGUCGAUGAAGAAGACCCCAUGACGAAAGACUACGAAAGCCUCACGAAG